AUGCUUCGAAUCAAACGAGAUUUUUCUGGCUUUAGUCAACAAGUAGAGCAACAGUGUGUACCAUUGAAACAGGUUAGUGUCGAAGCGUACAUUAAAUCGUUUGCUGCCGAUGUAACUAUCAAACAAAUCUUUCGUAACGGUGAGACAAAACCCAUUGAAGCAAUUUACUGUUUUCCAAUCGAAGAACAAGCAGCAAUCUACUCUUUUGUUGCUCGAAUUGAUGAACGAGAAAUUGUUGCACAUUUGAAGGAAAAAAAGGAAGCACAACGAGAAUAUAUUGAUGCUCUUCAACAAGGUCAUGGUGCAUAUUUACUUGAACAAGAUGAAAAAUCUCAAGAUACUUUUGUUAUCAAUGUUGGUGCAUUGCCAGCUGGUAAAGAAUGUCAUAUCUCAAUAUCAUACGUAUCCGAACUAGACUUGGUUCAAAAUGGAAGUAAAAUUCGUUUUGUUAUUCCAACAACUAUUGCACCACGUUACAAUCCAGACAAAGGUGGUAUUAGUGCACCAUCUGGCACGACAUCUAAAUAUGUUCAAACUACUCCAUAUACAGUUGAAUUUCAUUGUCGAGUAACGAAAGCAAAUGUCUCUCGAGUUAGUUCAUCAUCUCAUCCGAUCAAAAUUGAUCUCGCUCAAGAGGAUGUGUAUGUGAUCGAGUUUGCUCAACAAAGCACUCAUCUAGAUCGAGAUAUCUUAAUAGAUAUUGAAUUAGUUAAUAAUCAUCCGAAUACCAUUGUUGCAGUGGAACCAGGCGCUGUUAUGGCAUCAUUUACACCAACGGAAGAAGAUUGUCAACGUGCAAUGAAUAAUACUGAAAUGACCAAUGAAUUUAUUUUUGUUGUCGACUGUAGUGGAUCGAUGGAAGAUGAGAACAAGAUUGGAUUGGUUCGCGAAGCCAUGUUACUCUUUCUCAAGAGUCUCCCAGUCAAUUGUCAUUUUAAUAUCAUUCGAUUUGGAUCAAAUCAUCAGGCACUAUUCAGCAAGAUCACUGCCAUUUACAAUGAAGAGAAUGCACAAAAGGCUGAACAGCUUACAAAACAGUUGAAAGCAGAUUUAGGCGGUACGGAGCUAUUACAGCCUCUUCAAUGGUUAGAAAAACAUUCUCCAAGGCAAGGUCGUGCAAGACAAAUAUUUCUGUUGACCGAUGGAGAAAUUUUAAAUGUGAAUGAGGUAAUCGACUUGUGUCGUUCGAUGACUAAUUCUACACGAAUCUUUUCAUUCGGUUUGGGUCAUUCGCCAAGUCGUUCACUAGUCAAAGGUCUUGCUCGAGCAACAAAUGGACGUUUCGUUUUUAUUCCACCUAAUACUAGUGUUGACGUACAUGUUGGUGAACAGUUACAAAAAGCUCUACAAUUCUGUAUAACAGACAUAAAAGUGAAAUGGAAUCUGGCUACUGAUGUAACAAGUGCGCCAACGAAAAUGCCACCAGUCUAUGCUAAUGAUCGUCUCAUAGCGUAUGCACUUGCAAACGAUUCAACGUUUGUGUUCAAUCAUAACUCGAGUGUCGAAUUACAUACUGAUGAGAAUCGAUUGGGAGAAGCAAAAAUCGAUUGUAUACCACAGGUUAGCAACAAUGGAACGAUUGCAAGACUUGCUGCAAAAGCUCUUAUUCUCGAACUACAACACUCGAAGCUACCAUCCUCGAUCGAACAGAAUCAUUCAGGGUCAUUGCAGAGCCGAUUUCAGCACAAUCAACCAUCACCAACACCAACAGUCGACGAAAAAGAAACCACGAAGAAACGUAUUAUUGAACUUUCCCUCAAGUAUCAGAUUCUAAGUCCACAUACUGCUUUUAUUGGCGUUGAAAAACGAGUGAAUGCCAGCAACGCUGAUAUGGUCUUACGUGAAGUACCAAUUCAAAUAUCGGCCGAUGACGAACAUUUAUUGGGAUCUCAACAGAUGAUGAAUUUUUCUGCUCCUAUGAUGGCCUGCUAUGCAGUGUCACCACCAGCGUUCAGAGCGUCGAUGAAACAAUCUAACUUCUCAAUGGACUGUGCUUGUUUCAACGCUUCAGGAGCAUCUCGAUCGAGUUCGAUGUUUAAUUCUUCUAUGUAUGAUGAGUGUUGCAUGCCUGAAUUAUUAGCUGAUUCAGACCUCUAUAAUGACGAGUCAAACAGUAAUGCUAUGGACUUAUGCGCAAGCCCUCAGUAUUUGAUUGUCCAAGAGAAAACUGAAUCAUGGCCAAUAGAUGAUCAAGAUAUUGUUCGUUACUUGAUCAGCAGACAAAAAUUUAACGGUUUAUGGGAUUUGGAUGCAAAAGAUAUAGAACAACUGACCGGAAAAUCGCUACCAAACUUUCUAUCAUUCAACAACAAUCAGCAAAUUGUUAUUGCGGCCAUUGUUAUUGUUGCACUUGAAACACGUUUUGCUACAUUGUCGACAAUGUGGCAUGCUGUAGUACAGAAAGCUCGCAAACAUCUACUCGAAUUACUCAACAAAGACGCUAAUCAACUUCAAUCACUAUUAGAAAGGAUUCGUCAAGAAUUCUAA